AUGGCUGCACGGCGUGGAGCGCAGAGCCUCUCGGAGGCCUUUUAUGGCCUGACGUUGAGCUCCCAGACCGGCCGCAGGGCUCUCGUGCCUCGCGCGUUCUCGACAUCACCAUCACAAAACAAGCCUUUGGCGACAACACCGCGCUCCGCCUCGCCCGCCGCCUCCUCCUCCGCCUCCUCCUCUUCCUCUCAUUCAAAGCGCAUGCCGUCCUCGUUUGCGUCCACCGUCCCGCCGGCUGCCACGGCCCCGACCACCGUCCAGAGCAUCACCGAGCGUACCGUCCCCGUCACUGUGUUUGCCUUCCCGAGCCUCGAGCCCCGCGCCCUCGAGCUCUGGCCCGCCCAGCACCUGCAGCUGCCCCUGCGCCGCGACCUGCUGCACUUGGCUGUCGUGUACGAGGGCGACAACACGCGCCAGGGCACGGCCUCGUCCAAGACCCGCUGGGACGUCCACGGCUCCCACCGCAAGAUGCGCAGGCAAAAGGGAUCGGGCAUGGCGCGCGUCGGCACGCGCCAGUCGCCUCUGAUACGCGGCGGUGGCAAGACCUUUGGCCCCCACCCGCGCGACUUUGGCACCGACCUCAACCGCAAGAUGUACGAUCGCGCCUGGCGGACCGCGCUGUCCUACCGCUACCGCCGCGGCGAGCUGAUUGUGUGCGAGGACGGCCUGGAGCUGCCGCUGCCCGACGCCUUUUUGCGCCUGGCCCAGGCCGGCACGCUCGACCGCUCCCUCGAGGACGGCUUUGUCAAGCGCUAUGUCCGCUCCCUCCUGAACGGCGAGAUGGGCACGGCGUCCACGCGGUCGACGACGCCGCUGGUCGGCGGCACCAGUGAUGUUGUCCCUGGCAUUGCGGCAGCGGCCGGCACGGGCAUCGGCAGCAUCGGCCAGGCAUGGGGCCGUCUGGCCGGCCGCACCACGUUCAUCACGACCGACCGCCGCCCCAACCUGUUCACCAGCCUCGAGACCGCCGGCGAGGACGGCCGCGCGCUGGCCGUCGCCGACGUCGACGUCAAGGACCUGCUGGAGACGGGCCGCAUUGUCGUCGAGCGCGCCGCGCUGCACGAGAUGAUUGAUGCGCACCAGAGCGAUCUGGUCAGCCGCAUCUACAUCCAGGGCGCAAAACCGAGCGGUCUGGCUACAGGUCAGACAGUCAUUGGUUGA